CGGAAGUUGGGGCGUUUCCUGCGAGAUUGGCUUCCCCAAGAUGGCAGCGCCCUUGUCAGUGGAGGUGGAGUUCGGAGGUGGCGCGGAGCUCCUGUUCGAUGGUGUAAAGAAGCAUCAGGUCAUCUUGCCUGGGCAAGAGGAGCCCUGGGACAUCCGGAACCUCCUUGUCUGGAUCAAGAAGAAUUUGCUAAAAGAGCGGCCAGAGUUGUUCAUCCAAGGAGACAGUGUGCGGCCAGGAAUUCUGGUGCUGAUUAACGAUGCCGACUGGGAACUGCUGGGUGAGCUGGACUACCAGCUUCAGGACCAGGACAGCGUUCUCUUCAUAUCCACGCUACAUGGAGGCUAAGGGCCCCUCUCUGUGCCUGGGCAUCCUUGGAGUGGGGAGAACAGAACAAUCAGACGUCCCCUUGGGCCCUGCUUCCAGAUCUCAUGUCCCCCUUGGCUGCUUUCUUCCCGGCUGGGCUGUGUCCCCUGAGCUCUCUCCAGGCAGGGAAAAGAGGCCAGGUGCUAAAAAUGAGACUUUCUCUGGCAUGUGAGCAGGGGAAGGCAGGCAGGUGCCCGAGCCCAGCACUCCUUCUCCCAGCAGCUGAGGUGGGAGGAGGGUGUCCCUCAGGUUUAUCAGGAGUGGUGGGGACUCUGUGGCCAGGUUACCCAGCUGCACUGGGGCCUAAGAAAAAGCCCUGCUCCCUCCACUCCUGUGACUCAGUCUAAGAGUGGAGUGACCGCUCUGCA